AUGAGUGUUGAUGAUCUUGAUGAUGGCUUGGCUUACCAAGUUGACUUCUCUAAUGAUGAGGUAGUGCUUUCGGAUGACGACAAGCAUAUGGACUCGUUGAGUGAAGACGAAACUAAAUCAUCAGAAAACCCUAAGAAGCGGUCGAAGUCAGGAUCAAAAUUACAAGAGAAAAAGAAAAUGAAGAUGCAAAUGGACAUAGAUAAAAAGAGAAACUUGUCCAAAGAGGCAUCUGCGGAUGUCAUUGCAGAUUCCAUUAAUGAUGGUUUGCGGAGAAAGAAUCCAGAUCUUUCUGCAUUGGAAAUGGCAGAGCUAUAUUUUAAAAAAACAGACUUUAGAUCAACUGCUGAGUUUACCGAGGCCAGAAAUCUUGACAACUUGCCCAAAUUUAUACUUCUGAGAUUUGACAAUAUGUUGCCAUCGAAAACACCUGGUAAAAAGAACAAAAAGAAGGGCAAAAAAAUCGACGGCACUGUGAAGACCUCAGAAACACCUGACGACAGAAAGUUCAUUGCGAUCAUCACCAUGUCUGCCAUACGUGCAUGCGACGUACAUCGCUGUCUUCGUGAGAUCCCUGGAUCAUCUUUAAAAUUAAUUAACAAGAAUAAGAUUGAUGUUGAUUUGAAGUUGAUUAAAAGCACUUGGGCUCGGGUCUUGUGUUGUACCCCAGGAAGGCUACAGAAAAUCUUGAAUAACAAGGACCUGGGAUUGAAAGCUAGCGAGAUCAAGAUUGUCAUUGCGGACAACUCAUAUUUGGAUCAAAAAAUGCAAAACGUUUUCAAUAUCAGCGAAACGACAGAAACCUUAAAACAAUUGACCGAGAGUGGCUCCAAGAUCUAUUUAUACUGA